CAUUAUAACGACAUGAAAAAAUAAUAGAUGCUAUUGAUAAUUUGCCGAUUCCAUAAUAAUUCAUUCAUCGUGUGCACUAUUUUCAAGAUUAAAAAGUAUCUUAGAUUUUUCGGUUGUUGUUUCUCUUAAUCCAUUAAACGUUCCUAUUCGAUAAGAAGCAGUUUUUCUCUUAUUUUAUCACUCAUUUUUUUCCAAUUCAUUGUUGAAUAGCGUCAGAAUAGAUGUUUGAUUAGAGAAGAAAAAACAAUUAUUGUUUUUCAAUCAAUCCAUUCAAAGUUUUUAAUUAAAUUAGUUUGUGUUAGUUGGCGCUAUCAUAUUGUCAACGUUUAUUCAAUUACAUCCAUACAUGAUGCCCCAUUUUACUAGGAAUUGUGGAAAAGUUAAACGAUUAUCUCGCAUCAAAAUUGUUCGAACAAAAAAACGAACACAAUGUUUCGUUCGGUGAUAAAGGCAGUUGAAACAACAAAGAUGACCACAAAGUAUAUACCAAGAAAUGAAGCAAUUUGUCUUUAUAAAUGAAUAUGUACAGUGGUUAGAGUGAACAAACAACAUAAGAAUGGACAGAGUGAAAUAGCAAUAAAGAUAUAGAGCGCAUAACGUCGACGACGAAGACAACAACAAAACAAAAGAAUCGUUGAUAUCACAAUGUUGAACAUUAAACACACUCAUUUUCGGUAUUUGCAUUACAUAUUUUGAGACGGCGAGACAACAACAAUAAGGAGGAGAGGAAAAAACGGACAGUGCUUAAUGGUAUUCACCGUUGCGGCUGGUCAUUUGACUGAGCACACACACACACACACACAACCGGUGAUGAUAGCAGCAUCACACUGUCCUUCUCGACACUUCCAUCGCAUAUCUCUCUCCCUCUCACUCUACAGCCAUUCGGAUUACUGUGUGUGUGCACAAGCAAACAUACGACGAUGUGACUUAUUCUUUUAAUCAACAGUCGCUCCGUUUCAGUUUUACAAUUGUGUGAGGAACAACAUCGGUGCGGAGAAAAUAAUUUAAAUUUCGACGGUUCGUCGACAACUGAGUUUAGUUCAAUUUGGAUAUUUUAACGAAAAACAUCACAACACCGUGUGAUUGUGCUAAGCAUCCAAGAGAAGUUAAGUAUUUCACGUGCAAAAAUUCGAUAAGGGCUUGUGGGGGCAAAGAUGAAAGCCUUGCUAAUUGCUCUGUUUGCCAUCAGCACAACGGUCAUCGUUGAUGCACAACUUCGCCAAAGCGGCGUUAUUGACACUGGAAAAAAAGUCGUUUGUGUUUACAACAGCACCACAUUUACCCGCGAAGGACUUGGAAAGGUCACAAUCCCUGAAUUGGAGCCAGCUGUGUCAUUCUGCGAUGUCUUGAUCUACGGAUGGGCCGGACUUGAUCCAAACACAAACAAAUUGAAGUCAUUGAACGAAAAAUUGGAUUUGGACGAAGGCCAAGGUCUCUACCGUCAAGUGACCAAUCUCAAGAACAAAUAUCCAAAAUUGAAAGUAUUGUUGGGCGUCGGUGGCAAUGCUGAUCCAAACCAUGACAUUUACUUGCAAUUGUUGGAGAAUCCACAAGCAUUCGCUAUCUUCAUCAACAGUGCAUACACAUUGAUCAAAACAUACCGUUUCGAUGGUUUAGACAUCGGAUGGGAAUUCAAAGCAAACAAACCAAAACGUAUCCGCUCCGGAAUCGGUAGCUUCUGGUACAGCACAAAGAAAACUCUCGGUUUGGCUGGCAAGCCACUUGAUGCCAAUGCUGAAGUACACAAAAACGCAUUCAGAGAUUUGAUACGUCAAAUCAAGGAUGCCAUUCGUCCAGACAACUACAUUUUGUCAUUGACCGUUUUACCAAAUCAAAACACAACGAUUCACUACGACAUCCAACAUUUGAUACCAAAUGUUGACUUUGUCACACUCGCCGCAUACGACUACCAAACCUGGGACCGUAAUCCAAAUGAAGCUGAUUAUCCAGCACCAAUCUAUGGCUUGCAUGAUCGUAUCCCAGAAAGUAACAUUGAUUUCCAAGUCAACUUGUGGUUGCAAGGCGGAGCUCCAGCCCAUAAAUUGAUUGUUGCCAUCCCAACACACGGUCGCUCAUGGCAAUUGACAACGGAUUCCACCAGAACCGGUGUUCCACCAAUUCUCGAAGUUGAAAACCCAGGCCAAGCUGGCAUCCAAACUGGAACACCGGGCUUCUUGAGCUAUCCAGAAGUGUGUGGAUUAUUGCCAAACCCAAGCAACGGUCACUUGAAAGGUGAACACCAACCAUUGCGCAUUCAACGUGAUCCAACUAAUCGUUAUGGAACCUAUGCCUACCGUUUGCCAGACGAAAGUGGCAACUAUGGAUUGUGGGUCGGCUACGAAGAUCCAGAGACCGCACAAAGUAAAGCGACCUACGUCGUCCGCAAGAAUCUUGCUGGCGUUGCCAUUCAUGAUUUGGGCAACGACGAUUUCCGUGGCUCAUGCACCGGUGACAAGUACCCAAUUUUGCGUGCCGCCAAAUACCGCUUGCAACAACCAAACUAAAUCUCAUCUGAUUUCUUUCUAAAUACGAAGGAAACGCGACAAUAAUUCGCCAUUUUCUAUGUUAAAACAAAUAUAUACGAAUUGAAUAAAAAAAAAAAAACUUUAGAAAUUCCUACAAAUAAUCAA